GACCGUUCGCCCGUUAGCUCGUGCUCUCAGCGAGUUUGGCGCGUUUUCCAAAUAGCAAAAAAAUAGAAAGAAAAAAAACAUUAGCAACGCAAUUUAUUUGUUUUUGUUCUCAGUGCACGUGUAGCGGCAUUUGUUUAUAAUAAUUACGCAAAAUUUGUUGGGCCAUUAAAAAGCAACGAAAAUGGGCUGCGCCACAGGCACUAUCAAAUACUCUUUAUUUCUCUUCAAUGCGCUCUGGGCGAUACUUGGCAUCUUGGUCAUCGUCUUUGGCGGCCUUGGAUGGGGUGCCAUGCCUCAGCAUUAUGCCAUCGGCAUUGUUGUACUGGGUGGCAUCAUCCUGCUCAUCUCGAUGUUUGGCUGCUUUGGAGCCAUACGUGAAUCCUCGCGCAUGCUCUGGACAUAUGUAACGCUAUUGCUGGUGUUGCUGGUGCUGAUUGCCGUGUUCAUCUUCUACAAUACGCGCGAUGUGUUCAGGAAGUACGCCAUGAAAACUGUGGAGGAUCACUGGCAAAUGGAGCUGCUCAAGCCAGGCAGCAUGGACAUGAUACAGCGCACAUACUCCUGCUGUGGACUCAAUGGCGCUUCCGACUAUCAGACUAUUGGCCAUAGAAACUAUACAGUGCCCUCGAGCUGCUGCAAGGGCAACAAUUGCCUGAAUCCCUUGAAUGUGAAUAUCGAGGGCUGCCUGAGCAAAGUGGAGGAGGCUUUUGCCGAUGAGGCAAGCACUUCACGCUACUGCGAAUGGGGACUGCUGGGAUUCGAUUUGGUUAUACUGGCGCUAGCUGUUAUACUUGCCAUACAUUAUACGAAUCGCCGACGUCGCUACAACUAUUAGUGUAGUUUAACUAACUUAAGCUUUAGUCAGUUGUAUUUCCUGUACACUUGUACCUCAUCAAUCUGUAAAUGUCACCAAUGUACCUAUGCCAUUCAGCAAUUUGGUCACACUGUGCGCCACUUGCCAAGCAAACGCAAAUGCCUUAAAUAUAACUUAACUCGAAUUUCGAA